CUCAGCGGCGAACCGCCUCUUCCUCCGGUCAGCAUUCAGCAGCGCAGCGGGCGACUGCGAUUCCCAUUACAGCGGGCGGGUCUUCUGCGAGUCGAGCCUCGUCUCUUAGCAAUAAUCGCUUGAAAUUUCUCCACAUUGAGCCUAAAACUUGGACACGAGAUCGACAGGGAAUUUGAAGCCCGCGAGUAAAUAAGGUAUGGCGGCUAUCAGGAAAAAGCUGGUGAUCGUGGGAGAUGGAGCGUGUGGGAAGACCUGUCUCCUCAUAGUGUUCAGCAAAGACCAGUUUCCAGAAGUCUAUGUGCCUACUGUGUUCGAGAACUACAUUGCAGACAUCGAAGUCGACAGCAAACAGGUGGAGCUGGCAUUGUGGGACACAGCAGGACAGGAAGACUACGAUCGUCUGAGGCCUCUGUCUUACCCAGACACAGAUGUCAUCCUCAUGUGUUUCUCCAUAGACAGUCCCGACAGUUUAGAGAACAUCCCAGAAAAGUGGACGCCGGAGGUGAAGCACUUCUGCCCCAACGUUCCCAUAAUCCUCGUGGGCAAUAAGAAGGAUCUGCGGAACGAUGAGCACACACGAAGAGAGCUGACUAAGAUGAAGCAGGAGCCAGUUAAACCGGAGGAGGGCAGGGACAUGGCCAACCGCAUUAGCGCCUUUGGCUACCUGGAAUGCUCAGCUAAGACUAAGGAGGGUGUGAGAGAAGUAUUCGAAAUGGCCACCAGGGCGGCGCUGCAAGUCCGCAAGAGGAAGAAGAGGAGCGGGUGCUUGCUGUUGUGAGAGAACUUUCCGGUCUUUUCCAGAAUGAUCUCCAUAAUGACCAGGAAAUACCAAACUCCACACAAAGAAAAGAAGAAGAAAAAAAAAAGAAAAGUUUUUGACCAAACAACAUAAAUACACUGGACUGUAUGUCACAUUUCAUGCAAACUAACAGGUGGGAAAUGGAGGAAUGUGAAUAAAAUAUGCAUUAAAUGAA